AUGGCGCCUCACAUUCCAUUCGAGGUAAUCACUGAAAUACUUGCAAAACUUCCUGUGAAAUCCUUGUUGAAAUUUCGAGUUGUGUGCAAGUCAUGGUGCUCCUUAAUCUCAACUAGUCAAUUCGUCAAACAACAUCUAUCCAGCAAUACUAGUACUCCCAAAAAAGUAAUCCAGCUGAGUAGUGAUGUCUUAACGUUUUACUCUCUACAUGAUUCCAAACUAGUCCAGGAAACCAUCAAGUUCCGGAUUGAAUGGCAUGCACUCAGUCCUUUCCGUAUCAUGGGUUAUUGUAAUGGUUUGGUAUGCAUAGAAGCUUGUCGUGAGAACCGGAUCUUCCUCUGGAAUCCAAGUACAAGAGACUCCAAAAUAUUACCAUGUGGAGUAGUAGACAAUAGUUAUUUUUCUUGGUGCGGAUUUGGUUAUGACUACAAUAGUGACGACUACAAGGUGCUAACAGUGGAUCGUCUUAAAAAACCUAUUGAUAAUUACCAAGACUCUAGUCGUAAUUCUAUGAUGUACACAUUAAGAACAAAUUCUUGGAGAAGGAUUCAGGAUUUCCCUCUUGAAACUAGUUAUAUGAUGGUUGAUAGUUCUGCUACUCAUGUCAAUGGAGCUCUACAUUGGAUGGCGAGGAAAGGGUUGAAUUCGUGGGUAAUCAUCUCUCUUGAUUUAACUACUGAGACAUACAUGGAAGUGCCGCAACCUGAUUUUUAUGGGACUCCAGUUGAGGAUAUUGGAAUUGGGGCCUCAAGCACAGGGUGCUUAUGCUUAAAUGUUCACAACGGUGCUGGUUCUCAAAGUUAUGAUUUUUGGGUGAUGAAGGAAUAUGGGGUGCGAGAGUCUUGGACUAUAUCGUUCAAAAUCCCAUACGUGGUUGUCGGUAUACACCCAAGACCGGUGGCAUGGUUUUCAGAAAAUGGGAAAAUUUUGUUCAAUAGAGAUGGAAAACUGGCUACUUACAACGCAAAAAAAAAUUCAGUUAGGUAUCUGCAUCAAACAACUUAUUGCAAUUCAUGUCCUCAUGGUGAUGUUUAUGUUGAGAGCUUAGUAUCACCCAAUGCUUAUAGUAAUCGUGAAGCCAAAGAAAUUAGCCGUCUCAAUAAUAUCAAUGUAGAAAGAACGACAAGAGUAGUGAUGAGUAUGUAG